AUGCCUCGCCCGAUACAGCUCGUCACAGCCGUACUGGGCGCCUGCGGUCUCAUCCUCUUUUUUGGCGCCGCCCACUCAGAGGUCAACCCCACCUUUACAGACGCCGACAACAACAGCUCCGGCGAUCGCACCCACGACCUCAGACACAACGCAGUCGUGCCACCACCCGGCUCUCAAAAGACCCUCGGCUGGCUCCCGUCCAACUGGUACGGCAACAACGAGCAGCAAAAGGUGGUCCAGCACGUAACCGACAAUGUGGCAGCGGACGACGACCUCUACAUGUCGUUCCACAACGGCGUGCCCCAGACCACCCUCACGUCUGGUAUCGCCGGUUUCAACUUCUUCACCAACCUCUAUCUCUUCAACGGCACCUUCUACUUUGUCACCGACGAUGCCGAGGCCGCCGGCUUCCCCGCCCAAGGUCCUGGCUACAUCAUGAGCGACGUCUCCGGCGCCACCAAGGAGACGGCCGGCCCCGAUCGUUGGCAGGUCAUCACCCCCGCCGAGGCCAAGCAGGUUCUGGGACGGAUGGCAAUCCGCCGCCACGGUGUUUCGCACUACUUUAACGACCGUGACGGCGGUGGCUCACAGGCCUUCCUUGCUCACUACUACCACUUCAGUGCUCACUUUCCUGUCCUUUUUGCCUUCUUUUCUGCCACUAUCGCGUUGGACAUUGCAGUUGGCGAGAUGUUCAUCGGUCUCUGGCGCCUGUCGGCAUCGGCUGGCAGCUACGAGCUGCCCGCACGCCUCGUAUUCCUUAGCGAAGGCGCCGAAUGGCGCGACAGGGCCCGCAUCACCCCUUGGUUCCAGCGCACCAUCAUGGCCGAAACUGUGAUUGAGGAGCAUCCAGACUGGGAGGACCGCAAGCUGAGCGGCGUCACCUUCGUGUAUGACAAGAUUGGCAUUGCAGACCGAUGGGCGGCCCACAGGCACGGCACCCUCGAGGUCAAGCACUGGAACAAGGCUAUUGGCGACCUUCCCCAGCUCCGUGUCCCUCUCAACUGGAUGGACCCCCUCCGCGACCGUGUCGUGCAGGUCUCCGAGGUGUCCGGAUGUACGGCUAAGCGGGCCCAACCCACUGUCCCCGUUGUCACUUAUAUUGACCGCCAGAAGACUGCUCGCCGCCUUCUGCCCGACUGUCACGAGGACCUGGUCAAGUCGCUCCAAGCUCUCCACGACAACGGGGACAUUGAGUUUGUUCACGCGCAGAUGGAGUUUAUCGAACGCACCGAACAGUUCUGUCUCGCCGCUCGCACAGACAUCAUGGUCGGUGUCCACGGAAACGGUCUCAGCCACCAGCUGUGGAUGAAGCCUGGCAGCGGUGUGCUUGAGAUCAUGAUGCCGGACUCGUUUUUGCGCGACUACAGCAUCCUCGCCGAGUUAAUGAGCCACGAGUACUAUGCCGUCCACAACGACACGUAUCUCCCUCGUGACAAGUGGCGUCGCCCCGAUGGAUGGGGUAUCGGCGCGAAUGACGACUUCCACAGCUCCAAGAUCCCGGCAAACGGCCCAUGGAUCGCCAACCUCGUCAAAGACAUGGCCGCUCGCCGUCGCUACGGCCCCACUCCUGUGCAGUGGUAG